AUGACCAUGGAACCAAACCCAUCAUCAGAUCACAUUCUGGACUGGUUCGAAGGCUCUGUCCCUUUCUUUCCACCAUUCUUGGAUGAUCCAUAUAACACUAGUGACAUCCAAGUGUAUCAGUUAUGGGAUCAGGACCAAGACAUUAGCAACCACUACCAAAUUGAUACCAAUAUUGGUUCCCCUAAUGCCACCAACAUUACUACUGCUGCUAGUACUACAACUAGCAUAACACCCCUUGAGCCUUAUGAUUCUAAUAACCACCAACCACUUUCUGACUUGCCCAAGAAAAGAAAUGCCACCGAUGAAUCAAGCCUCAAACCAUCACAAAACCAUAGGCACAAGAAAAUCAAGAGUCAUCCAAUGAAUGAAGCAAACAAUGGAGAUGCAGCUGUUCAAGGGGCAAGUACAACAGUUAAAAAAUCUGGUGGGAACAAGAAGGGUGCAGCUAAGGCCAAUGGAAAUAAUAGUAACAAUGGAAACAACAAGGAAGGUAGGUGGGCAGAACAAUUGCUCAACCCUUGUGCUGUUGCCAUAACUGGUGGAAACUUGAACCGUGUGCAACACCUCUUAUAUGUUCUCCAUGAGCUAGCAUCACCUACUGGUGAUGCCAACCACAGGCUUGCUGAACAUGGUCUUAGAGCACUGACACAUCAUCUAUCUUCUUCUACUUCAUCUAAAUCUUCAUCUUCAGGGGCUUUAACUUUUGCAUCAACUGAACCAAGGUUCUUCCAAAAGUCACUACUCAAGUUCUAUGAGGUUAGUCCUUGGUUUUCCUUUCCCAACAACAUAGCAAAUGCUUCCAUUCUUCAAGUUCUUGGUGAAGAGGCAAAUAGUUCACGUACCCUUCACAUCCUUGACAUUGGUGUCUCUCAUGGUGUGCAAUGGCCAACUUUUCUAGAGGCCUUGAGCCGUCGACCGGGUGGACCUCCUCCGCUGGUUCGCCUCACCGUGGUUACUGCUUCCUCCACUGAAAAUGACCCAAAUAUGGAGACUCCAUUUUCAGUUGGUCCACCUGGUGAUAACUUCUCUUCUAGACUCCUUGGUUUUGCUCAGUCCAUGAACGUUAAUUUGCAGAUAAAGAGGCUUGAUAAUCAUCCAUUACAGACAUUGAAUGCUCAAAUUAUUGACACCUACCCUGAUGAAAUCUUUGUUGUUUGUGCACAGUUUAGGCUGCACCACUUGAAUCAUAACAGUCCUGAUGAAAGAAUUGAGUUUCUAAAGAUGUUAAAGAACAUGGAGCCCAAAGGGGUGAUAUUAAGUGACAACAACAUGGAUUGUUGCUGCAGUAGCUGUGGAAAUUUUGCCACUGGGUUCUCUAAAAGAGUGGAGUACUUGUGGAGGUUUUUGGAUUCAACCAGCUCUGCAUUCAAGGGUCGUGAGAAUGAUGAAAGGAGGGUGAUGGAAGGUGAGGCUGCAAAAGCAUUGACAUACCAGCGUGAGAUGAAUGAAGGGAAAGAAAAAUGGUGUGAGAGAAUGAAAGAAGCAGGGUUUGUAGGGGAAGUAUUUGGAGAGGAUGUGACGGAUGGAGCUAGAGCAUUGCUGAGGAAGUAUGAUAGUAGUUGGGAGAUGAAAGUAGAAGAUAACAAUACUAGUGUGGGACUAUGGUGGAAGGGGCAACCUGUUUCUUUCUGUUCUUUGUGGAAGCUGGAUGAGAAUGAGCAUGGUAGGCCAUUGACGGCUAGGCUGUAG